GCUCUCUCUCUCACGAAUAUCGAAUGACCGUGUGCGACGUACAUUUGAUGUCCGCGAGUGUGUCUCUGACGACGCGGGGACGACGUGUAUCGUAAUGUCCGCGACUACUUGAUUUUUGCGGGCGAAGGCCUACGUGUGGGCUACGCGAGGCGACGCGGAGAGGCGCGAGACAGCGAGCGCGAGAGAGGAGAGGUGGAGAGGUCUGGUGCGCGGAUUGGGUGGUGGUGAACGCGAGCGAGGAGAAGGCAGUCAAACGUUGCAGUCAUCGUCGUCGUCAUCGUUAUCGUCGUCGAAGCUGCUUCAGCUGCUCGCGAGUCGGAGGAGCUGUGUGUGGUCUCGCGACAGUUGCGUGUGCGUGAUACACACCGAGCAGCCCGCAUACAUUCGCGUGCGCGUGUAUUAAUCGCGCGAGGUGGGUGGGCGAGGCGUUAUAUUCUCUCGCUCUGGUUCCCCGCACACUCUGCCGAGGGUAUCUUCGCGACGAGCGCUCGCUCUCUCUCUCUGCCUCCCCCCUCUCCCACAGUCUCUCUCGUUCCCUUUCUCUCUCUCUCUCUCUCUCUCUUACUCUCGCGCGUGUGUGGUGUGCGCCGCGCGUGGUGUGCGGGAGUGCGUGCGUGCGUGCGUGCGUGAGGUUGCACUCGGAGCAGGCAAGCCAGCGGUGGUGUGCGCCGAUCGCGCGGAUCGCGGCGCAGCGAUGAGCGACGACAGGAGCGAGGACGAUCCGAUUAUGGACCUCUGGUACAGCAACUGGGAGCAGCAGUGCGUCGAGGCGCUCGAGUCCGAGCCCAAUUACGAGGAUCAGCUGCACAACGAGAAGGAGAUCUACUCGCAGCAGAUGUGGACGAAGUUCCAAACGACCGCGUCGGCCAUCGCCCAGUUGUACAAAGACCGCACGCUGGGCGUUUCGCUAUGGGUGCCCUUUCAGACGGCCGCCGGUACUGUCACAUCGUUGUACAAAGAUUCAGUGGAUUGUAUGAGGCGAUGCAGCGAUUUGGGAGUGGAACUGGGCAAGCAGAAACGUUGUAAAGAAAUAAUGAAUUGGGCUAGGAAAAAAAGACGUAUGAUUCGCAGGGAAGAUCUUCUUGCAUAUCUCUCUGGAAAACCACCUCCACCUCGUUCGCAUCCACACAGAAGUUCACCCAAACCCCGUAUGAUGGUAUGCGGUUCCCCGUCGUCGCAUAGUCAAACGCCGAGUAUGGUUAUUGCUCCAGCGCCAACAACAGGCACUGAUCCAGAUCCUGAGUUACACACAUUUAGAGAAGCACUAUCGGGUUCUCCGGUUUCUCGGCGUGGCGGAAGACAAGCCGAACUGUCGGCCUUUAUUAGCAACGAAUUGGCCCGGCAUCACAAACGGCCUGCUUCGCAUGACGUGGACAUGGGAUCACCCACGCACAAACGUAUGCGUAAUACACUGUAACGGCGCGCGACGCGUACGGUAGCUUUACUCCCUCGUUCCCCUGUUAAUUAAUCGACCCGAUUAAUGACUAAUAGCUCAGCUCCCCUACAUAACUCCCGGUUAUGUGUAAUUGUCAUUUGAGGGAAACGGUAGUGGUCCACACUGCCAGAUAAGCACGUUCGUAUGUGUCUCCGCAUCUACUGCCGAUCUCGAUUUAUAUAACGGUCAAAAUUAUUCACAUCUCCCUUAACAGAUCUAUGUAGAUUGGGCGUAUGUUUUUUGCGCUUAAAAUUUGAAACAACGUACUUGUAAUGCAACACGCGCGUCACAUAUUUAUGGGUAUAUUUUUGUGUAUAUUGGCAAAUUAAUAUUUCAUUCACGAUCCAAAAAAGUUUGUAUCUCCCCGCGACUCUUAUACGCGAUUUCGUGAAAAAUUUGUAAUCUCGCGAAAUCUCGUACAGUAUAUAGAUGUGUAUAUAUGUAAUUGUAUAUGUAAUUAAACUUCUUGUUUAUACAUACAAAAUUACGCAAGUGAGAGCACACGAACGUGUCUUAAUAACAACUGUUUAAAAGUGCCCACAAUGAUCGGUCUGACCUUUACGUGCAAGAAUUUGUAUAUGAGACUGUCACUUUGUCGAUCUGUAAAUCAACGUACGAAGAACUUUUUUUUUUUUUUUUUACCCAGGGGUAUGACAUUAUCCGAAACUGAGUCUGUAAAUGUCAAUGCAUAUAUCGAUAUAUGUAUCAAAAUUUAUAACGGCUGAGAAGCAUUCUAAUAACUUGUGAAACAAUAUUGUUGAUAUCUCAAAUAUUUUCUUUACAUCACACGCGGAAAAUCUCGAAAUUCUCGAAGAUAAAAAAACGAACAAUAUUUUUGUGUUCGAAAAUUGUUGGAUAAUUGAUGUCAGAAUGGAACAGGGAGAAGAUACGAGUGCAAAAUAUUUGUUAUCACAUUACUGAAAUUCAUCAAGUACCUUGUUUGAAAUAUUGUUUUUAUUAUUACCGUGAUUGUUUGCAAUUAAUCCUCUGGAUAAUUGGCAAUCAACGAAUUGAUUCACAUCGCUUUGUUGAUGAUAGCUAGAUACGAAGAGAAUAAGAAACGGUAGAAAAUGAUGAUAAUGCGGUGAUAAACUUUAAAU